GACCCCUAAAGAAAUGCUUAUUAACUGUUUCCUUCAAGCUUUCGAAAACGUUUCUCAAGAAGGAAAAUGUUCCGGAGGUGAAUCAAAUCAUAAAGAAACCUUCAAAAUUGAAUUUCACACUCCUAGAAACAUAAUUU